CUCGUAUUACUUACAGUACUACUGUCCGUUCUUGGUUCUCGCUCCUUCCCGCUUCCCAUCCAGUCUAGACUCUUAACCCGAUCGAACUCUUAGCACUGACCUUUCGCCCUCUACAAUAUUUCUUCAUACUAUGCAUACUCUACGGCUUCAAUGAGUGAGUAUUUGCCUUCGUUCAUUGUCGAACCUGUCCUUCGCCAAGCGCGACGGUUUUCCAGACUCAGCACUGCCGAAGAACCGCCCUCGUCCGGAUUCCUCCCUACUGUUCCCGACUUCCAACGCUGGAACCCAUCCCGUCUAUGGACGACGUCUCCGCCCCCUUCGCUCGAAGAGCCUGAACCAGAGAAUAAAGAGACCACGGUGCAGUCCAUUACAAGAACGAUACAGUUAUGGGUGAAUCAGCUGAAUGCGUUCGACGAUCAGAUCCCUUCACCUCCGCUGGAGCCAAUGGAUGGCCAUUUGGCACGAACGGUUUCAAGCCACGACACGGCUAUAGCAGAGUUUCCCCGCUUGGACACCGAGCCUGAAUCUUCCUCGCGGCCUGUCCUGGGCGAAGAACAUCGAACCAGUAGCGACAGGUCUCUGAAUCCUGCCCAGGAAUUAUCCUACAGAUCACGAGCGCAUCAAGACAGCGCGCGACCACAUUCCAUGUCUGAUCCGCUGGCAGUUGUUCAUGUCGGUUCGUUCGACGAAACCGAAGAUAUUGACGCAAGGCGAGAGGCUUACCAGGAGCAUGAGCGGCGCAGAAGAAAUGGAUCAGGCACACUACCAGAAGACGACGGCAUGGGAGUAUUAAGACAAAAGAUUAAUGCUGUGCGGAAUGGACCAGGGACACAAGCUGAAAAGUCCCGACUGGUACAUGCAUUGAUGAUGGAACGUCAUCUGACCAUUCAAGCGUUACGGUCCCCAAUCCUGGCCUCAAGUAAAGCACGCGACAUUUCUCGGAGCCCUGGAUCCCCAGUCUCAAUAACCUCUGGAGUCAGCCAUGAUGUAGUCUACAAUGUCACUGCAGAAGACUUGAUCCCGACUUAUGCGCCACUAGAUCCAGAGCCUGUGCAGGACGAAAUGAAUCUGGGCGGAGAACCGCCUGAGCCAGCUGCACCAGACUUGGGCUGUGUUCACUAUAAACGAAAUGUCAAGAUGCAAUGCAACACCUGUCAGAAAUGGUAUCCUUGCCGGUUGUGCCAUGAUGAAGUGGAAGAUCAUACUCUGCCGCGACGAGAGACCAAACAUAUGUUGUGUAUGUUGUGUAAAACUCCUCAGCCCGUUGGACAAUUUUGCCGAGAAUGCCGGACCAUGACAGCCAGCUAUUACUGUCGGAUCUGCAGACUCUGGAGUGAUGAUCCGAACAAGCCCAUCUAUCAUUGUGAUGACUGUGGCAUAUGCCGAAUUGGCCAAGGUCUGGGGAAAGACUUCUUCCAUUGCAGAACGUGUGGGGCUUGUAUGUCAAUCCAGGCAGAGAGUGUGCACAAAUGCAUUGAGAGGAGUACGAAAUGCGAUUGUCCCAUCUGUGGAGAGUACAUGUUUACUUCCAACAAGUCGGUGGUGUUUAUGCGGUGUGGACAUAGCAUUCAUGAGGACUGUUUUGCCGAAUGGUGCAAUGCUAGUUACAAAUGUCCGAUAUGCUCGAAGAGUAUUGCCAACAUGGAAAGUCAAUUUCGCAGAUUGGACCGACAUAUUGAAGAGCAGCCUAUGCCCGAAGAAUAUCGAGACAAUCGGGCUUAUAUCUUUUGCAACGAUUGCAACAGUCGCAGUGUGACCAGAUACCACUGGCUGGGGUUAAAAUGUUCUCUUUGUGAAUCAUACAACACUACGCAGCUCGAAUUGUUGGGCGCCGAGCAUACGCCCCAACUCGAGCGGGAGCAGGAGCGAGCUCAGCAAGCCGGCAUUAGCGAGGCUGCCAUCACGGCCAGUCAAAGCCACACUCCGACAGGAGAGUUGACCCAGCCUGCGACCACUCGGCCUGCUGAUGGCACUCCACCUCGACCUAUUGAUACUGCACUCAAUACUCGAUCUCCAGGGAGCCGGACUUCCUGGCUUUCGCCGCACUCUCCAACGGCACGAUCUGUCCGAUCUCAGUCGCCGGUGAUUGGGAGCUACUUCGGAACCGGACAACGGACAAUGGAACCAGCCGAACCACCGAGACGUGGCGCAACCCCGUUGGAAGAUGAUGAUGACCUGGAUUUCUGGGGACGACCGAAUUCUCCUCGUCAGCACGAGGAGAUAGAGGUUGUCUCCGAGUCCGAGAGUGAGAGUAGUAGCGACAACGCCAUGGACGAUGAUGAGGAUGAGGAAGAGGAUGCUAUGGAUCUAAUCGGGCACAGGUGAUGGUUGUGUGGUGAGUGUACCGGAUGGAUCAUGACCAUAAGACCCGCAAAAAAGUCAUGCAAGGCUUAGGCUUUGUACGGAGUAUGGUUGAGCUUGAUACGAAGAAGUGAUUAUGAUUGAGGAUGACCUGUGGUCUUUUUUCCCUUGUUUUUUCAUACAUGUGAUAGCACACAAUGGGCGUAUUGGGGCUUUUGGAACAAUAAGGAAUGGGUGAAAGGGGGAUUUUACAUCCUUAUGACUUGUACUAUUGUGUACAAUAUUACAACAGUGAAGAUGAUGAUGCAUUUGAAUUUUUCAUGACUUUUAG